AUGUUGAAGGAACAGAACGAAUUGUGGAAUCCGUUGCCAAAUAUGACGUUGACCGAUACGUCCAUGUUUCCUCCUAUAACGCUAGUCUUGACUCCCCUUCGGAAUUCUUCAGGACCAAGGCUCAAGGUGAAAACGUUGCAAGAUCCAUUUUUCUCCGAGACCACUAUCGUCAGACCAGCCCCGAUGUUCGGAUUUGAGGACAGGCUUCUGCACAGACUUGCCGGAGUUACCAACAUCUUCACUUCCAAUCACAUGCAGGAGCGAUACUGGCCAGUUCACGCUAUUGAUGUUGGUCGGGCUCUUGAAAUUAUGCUCAUGGAAGAAUGGACCACUGCCCAGACCUUCGAGCUCUACGGUCCCAAGAACUACUCUACCAAGGAGAUUUCCGAGCUUGUUGACCGUGAAAUCAUCAAGAAGCGCCGACACAUCAACGUUCCAAAAGCUAUCAUGAAGCCUGCUGCUUACUGGUUGAACAGACUCCUCUGGUGGCCCAUCACAUCUGCUGAUGAAGUUGAACGGGAAUUCAUUGACCAGCAAAUCGACCCGACCGCGAAGACCUUCAAGGACUUGGGAAUUGAACCGACUGAUCUCAACACCCUUACUUUCCACUACUUGCUUGGAUACAGAAGCUCCCAGUACGCAGAUCUACCGCCAGCUACCGAGCGGGAGCUCAGGGAGGAGAGAAAAUACCUCCAUGUUCUGGACUCUCAAUAA